AUGGAUUCUUGUUAAAAAGUACAUCAUAAAAUCAAUGGAAUUAUUGGUAUUUGUCUUAGAUGUAAAGAUGAUUACUUAAGUUGUAAACUUUGUUUUGCUGAACUCCAUUAUUAACAUAAUGAAGAUUUUCUAUUAAUUGAUAACAUUCUCUUACUUUUAGAUUAAGUAAUAUAGAAGAUAGAUUAAGCAAAAGAAAAAUUGAAACUCAAUAAUUGGUAACAAUUUAAUACUUUUAUCAAAUCCAAAUAUUCUCAAUUAUAAAAGAUUAGAUCUUAAUUUAUGAAUCGAUAAAUUUCAAUAAAUCUAUUAAAUGUUCAUAAAAACAAUAUUGAAGAAACUACUUUAAAUGAAAUCUUAUAUUAACUUAGUGAACAAUCUUAGUAUAUAAACGAAUAAGAAAUAGAAAAUAUUAAACAAAUAUUUAUUCAUUAAUUCCAAAAGGUUUAAAUGGACCAUUUGAUUAUAUAAAUGUUAGAUAGAUGUAAAUUUUAUCAAUUUAUCAUUAAGGUAGGUUAUUAUGUUCAAUUCAAAGAUAUAAAGAAGCACAUCAAUUGUCUUAAACCUUGUUAAAAUUAACAAAUAAAAAAUAUUUUCUUUAAUAAAGCCUUUAACAAUUAAAUUAGAUAACUAUGGAUAUUUGGAGUGUAGAAUGUUUAUUAGGAAGAAAUCUAUAUCUUAUAAAAGAAUAUAAUAAGAGUAUUGAAUUCUUUGAAAAAUUAUGUUAAUCAAAUCAAAAUGAAUAAAUUCUUUCAGAAUGUUAUAUAUAUCUUAGUCUUAAUUUAAUAUUAACUAAAAAAUAUGAUGAAGCCUUAAAUAAUCUUGCCAUUUAUCAUACUUUGAGUACUAAUAAUUUAUUUAUUAAUUUUUUUGAAGGUGAUUAUGUCAUUAAAAUAUAUUAGGAUUUGCUUUAGAAAAAAUGAAUGAUUUUGAAAAUGCUAUUUAAAAAUAUUAAGAACUUGCUUUGAUAACUAAGGAUUUACUUUACAAUUUAGCUUAUGGUAAAUAAUCCUUAUAAUAAAUCAGGAAAAAUCUUACUUUAAUGCCAUCAUUUCAAUCAAGCAUAAGAAAUAUUUGAAACAAUCAUUUAGAAUUAUAAACAGAAUGAGAUCGCCUAAAUUUACAAAUGUAUUUAUCAUAUAUUAUUCAGGUUUAACUCUAAUAAAAGGAUAGUAAUUAGAAUUAGCUUUGAAAUAAUCGGAGAUGUUGAUUAAUACUAGAGAAAACGUCAUUUAUGGAUAUAUCUUGAAAGGUAUAAUAAUAAUGUAUUUCAACAAUAAUAGGCCUUAUAUUAAAAAUGUAAAAAAAGAACUAGGAAGUUACUUAAAUUAGUAAUUAGUUAAUAUUAUCAUUUCCUGAUAAUAGAUGGAAUCAUUUUUUUUAAAGUUAUUAUUAUGAAUAUAUAAUAGGCAUUAUAUUAAUGGUAGAUUGUAAUUUUUGGGACGCUUAUGGAUAUAUAUAAAAAAUAAAAGAUGAUACAUAUAUAAAAGAAAACUUAAAAUAUACAGAAGUUGUUUGUUUACUAUAAAUAAAUAAAAUUCCAGAGGCUUUUGAAAUACUUAAAGAAAUGCAGAAUUAUAAUAAUUAUAAUUUGACAUUAAAAGAUUCCUUUCUAGUGAUAAAAUAAAAUGGUAUGACUACAUUUGGAGCCAUUUAAUAUUAAAAAUUAUUUUAAAACAACCCAUAAGAUUCUGAGGCUAUGCAUUUUUAAGGUUAAUCUUUGAUUUAAAAUCAGGAUAAUGUUAUUAUAUUGAGUUAAAAUAUAUUAAAGCCUUAGAAUGUUUCAAUACAGCAAUAAGUAUUAAUCCAAAAAUGGCUAAAUCAUAUUAUUAUAAAGGUAGAAUAUUAUGAAUAUAAUAAAAAGGUUAGGCUCAUUUUAAAAGUUUCUAAUUUGAUUAAUCUUUAGAUUGUUAUUUAAAGGCGAGUAAUUUGAGUUCAUAAUUUAAUAAUCAUUAUGUAAGUUUCCACAUAGGAAAUUUAUAUUUUUUUUAAUUAGAAUUUGAGAAAGCAUUAGAAGCCUAUAAUCAUGCUAUUUUAAUAGAUUGUUCUACUGAGAUGGGAGCUUAAAGAAAAUAGAUCACUUCUAUAAUGAAGGCUAUGAUACAUUGGUAUAAAAAAGAAAAUUAAACAGCAAUAGAAUAAGUUGACAAAAACUUAUAAGAGACUUCUUUUAUGUUAAGUAAAUAAUUUAGAAAUUAAAAUGUUAGGUAGAAUUUAUUAGGAAUUAAAUCAUGAAUAUCAAGCAUAAUUUCAUUUAAAAUAAUUUAAGUAAAAUAAUCCUGAAGGCACUUAUAAUUUUUAGAAAAAAGAUUAUACACAUGGAUAAAUGUUUAUAAAAUAUAUGGAAAAGAAAUCAUAAUAAUUUGAAUAAUUAAAUGAUAGUAUUUUAUAUUCAUCUAAUAUUUAUUAGGGGAAUAUGAAAUUAUAAAAUAUGCUGCAUGGUUUUUAGAUUAAAAUGCUUAUGAUAUUGACUUUGGAGGAAUAGAAUGGAAUUUUUUAAGAUUCUUUUAAUAAACAAUUAUUGUUGAAUAAAAUAAAAAAAUGAAUGAAGAAUAAUUAAAGCGUCUAGUUAAAUAUCCAAUAAUUUGA